UGAUGGAUUCAAGAAGCUUAUCAGAGAACUGAUUCAAGAUAGAAGCUAACAAACUGUCUAUCUUUUUUAAUAUCGCCCUGCUAUACCGGCAAGCAUGAACUCCAGCCAAGACAAGCUUCUUAACCUGUCUUCUCUGUCCUCUUUCUAACAUCGCUCGAUGUACUUUGUAUCGUCUCUGUCAAAUGUGACUCGCUCCUCGGCUGGACGUUGGUGUGAACCAGCAGAAAGCAGAAACAGCCAGAUGAGAACCUGAAGCUGCAGGAGAGUCCAGGUGUGAGACAUGAAGAACCGGGACCAGCAUGGACCAAGUCACCAGGAGAGCCUGGUCUGGUCCGCUCUGUCCAGUCUGGUGCUGGUUCUACUGGGACUCCUGGGCUCGGUCCAAGGCUGUCCCGGUGUCUGCACCUGCUACGGUAACACCACCGACUGCUCUGCGGUUGGCCUCGUCUCUCUGACGCCCAUCCUCCCGCUGCUGGACCGCGACUCCCUGAUCCUCCGUCUGCCCCAGAACAACCUGUCCUCCCUGCUGGAGUUCUCCAACCUCAGCAACCUGGAGCUCCUGGACCUCUCCCAGAACCACUUCUCCGCCCUGCAGCCCGGAGCUUUCUCAGGUCUGAGCAGUCUACGCUGGCUGAACCUCUCCGCUAACUACCUCGGGCUGCGCCUGGCGGUGACCUCUGACCUCAACAACAGCACCGAGGUCUCACAGGGCUCGAACGGAAGCCAGGGGAGCCUCGGUUUGAACAAGGAGGUGUUCCAGGGACUGUGGCGUCUGCGGGGGCUCGACCUGUCAUUCAACGGCCUCCUGUGGCUGCCAAAAGGUCUGCUGGAUGCGUUCCCAAGACUCGGCUGGCUGUCUCUAGCCGGGAACCGCUUGGUGGCCCUGGAGAGAGCCACCUUCGAGCCUCUGGUGGGGCUGCAGCAGCUCCAGCUGGCGGGGAAUCCCUGGGAGUGCGACUGCAAGCUGCGGGACUUUAAGCACUGGAUGGAGUGGUUGAUUUACAGGGAUGGGCAGGUAGAUGCGAUGCGGUGCAGCCUCCCGGGGGAUUUGAAGGGCAGGGACAUCCGCAGCGUGCCGGCGGAGAUGUUCAACUACUGCCUGCAGAGCCCCACCAAGGAGGGCGCGCCGGGUUACUCCACCCGGCCUCCCUGCCCGCCGGGACGCAUCAGCAGCAACGACGAGUGCGUCCGCCAGCGCUACCGUCCCGUGAGCGUCCGCCGAGCGCACGGCACGCAGAUAGUCGCCGGAGUGAUCUGCGGGACGGUGUGCGUCAUGAUGGUGGUCGCCGCCACGUACGGCUGCGUCUACGCCUCGCUCAUGGCGCGGUACCAAAGGGAGAUGAAGAACCGAGGUCAGCCUCUCAUGGCCGAAUCUGGAGGCGACACGGACGUGGAGGACGGACAGAUGUCGUCGCCGGAGGAGUCGCCGCCGAAAGAGGCCUGCGGCAUCGUGCACGGGUAUCGAAUCAGCAGCUUCUGACCCGCUGCUUCUUCCUGAUUCGACAUCCUCAAGAGAGGAUCCCUGCAGCGCUGCGUGCUGAAGACCUCCAAGCAGGGGCUGAUGGUGCCCCUGGAGGACCAGACUAGAUCCGGUGAUCCUGCUGCAGCCCUUCUUUUAAUGUAUGGAUGCUCUGUGAAUUGUUAUUCCCCGCGCUGCAUCUCACAGCCAGCUCCUAAACUCCCUUGAAGCUGAGGUUUCGGCACUUCUGCACCUUGACUCCUCUUCAUCUUUAGAAAUAUGAAACUCCUUUCUGUUCCUGCGUCUGUCUUUGUGUCUCGGCCCGUUAAGCACAAAAAGUACAACCGUCUGUGGAUCUGUGACAUGUGACACCUCUCCCAAAGUUUGUGUUCAUGUUUCCUUUCUCUGAGAUAAUCCCUUUGACUUCUUAAAGUGGACGUCCCGUUUAAUCCCACUCACUUCAGUCGGGGUUCGAGUCCUGCUGCUUUCAGGGAAACGCUGCUUUGAGCUUUACCACCGAGGUACGCUGCAUCCAAAACAGCCGCGCUGCCCCCUACAGGGCAGGCUUUGAGCUGCAGCAGCUUUUCAAUCCAGCACAAACAAAUCCUCCAGCUCUUCUUCAAACAGCCGACGCAGCAGAUGUGUGAGGAUCUCAGCUCGACUGUGGCUCCUCUGUGUUUGAUCGAUUCUGUCCUUUUUUUCUGUGAUAAGCACAUCAAACGUCUCAAGUUGAUUUCAAGGACUGUUACUGAAUCCUG